AUGACCCUGUUCUGGAUGAUAUUUCAUAUUCAUACAUUGAUUUACAUAAAUAUUUAUCAGCUUGCACCAUAUUAUUAUUCAUGUUCAUAUGCCCCUGGUAUUUAUACUACAUUUACAAAUUACUAUCAACUUGUUAUCAGAGGAUUACUUGCAACUUUACUAAUGAUAGUUUUUGGUCUAUUAACAGUUAAAAAUAUUCGCCGUGCUCGUCGAACUGCUGCUGCUGCUGUUCCUGUUGCAAACUCAGCGAUUUCGACAAUUGCAGUAGGACAUAAUACAAAUUAUCCUUCACAAAAAGAUCGACAAUUUAUUUUCAUGAUGUGUUCUGAUAUUAUUAUUUAUGUUUUCUGUGGAAUUCUGAGACCUAUAUAUAUGAUCUACAUACAAGCCACUCAAUAUCAAACAAAAAGUAAUGAACGUCAAGCCAUCGAAGCAUUCAUUAAUAGCCUUACGCUGUUUAUUACUUUUAUACCGACAUGUACUGGUUUUUAUACAUAUUUUCUUGUUUCAAAAUCUUUUCGUCAAAACGCUAAAAAAGUACUUCAAACUAAUCGAAUCUAUAAUUAUUAUCAAUUACAUAAAUGUACUGCGAAUUCAUAA